CACACACACACACACACACACACACACACUGCGAACCUCGGAGCUGAGAAGGGACGGGGUUACACAUCUCUAUGUAUAUACCCUGUCAGGCCGGUGAAGGAGGCUAGUCAGCACUUAGACGUCAUCUUAUAUUUCUGUGUCUUUUUUGGGAGCACCUUGUAAAGCAAUUUGGAUAUAAUCUGAUGAGGAGCAGCGGCUGAUUCAUGAGACGACCAAUGCGCGGGGCCUGCGCACCCACCUCGAGAGGCUGUAAAGCAGAGCUGUAACAGAGCAGCGGCUGAUUCAUGAGGCGACCAAUGGCAAUGCGCGGGGCCUGCGCGCGCACAACGCUCUUGCUCGCCUCAGAUAUUCAUGUAGAUCUAAAUGAUCUAAUUAUGCUUCUAACUUACAUAGCAGGCGCUAGGCUGCUUGUGUAUGGUCAAUGCUAUAUAGUGUGAGAUCAAGAACAGAAAUAUGCAAUCCUCUACACUGUACGCGCUUGUUGCUGCGCUGGUGAUAGUGGGACAGCAUGCUGCUCAGGGUCAAGAUGAAGUGGUAUUUCAAACCAUCAGUCUCAGCGCUAGUAGGGGGCCAUCUGAAGUAUUUGCCCAAUUAUCGAUCAACAGAGUACCAAGUUUCUUCAUCAAUCGUCCAACAACAACACAACUCGAUAUCCCCGAAGGAUCGAGUAUAUUUUACAAUGGAAAUAGUUUGGCCAUAACUGGUGCCGAUCCAAUUGUGCUGACAGCAAGUAGAUUUCAGUAUUUGUAUCAAGAUCCUGGGAGUUUCAGAUUUCGAGAUGUCACUGGACCAAUCCCGGGUGCCGGUGGACAACCUGGACCUGGAACUUUGUACUAUGAUGGAGAUACAGCACUUUUUACAAAUUCAGAUGUAUUUAUUGGCAUUUAUGAAGGUCUUGCAGCUCAGUUCCCUGUCCCACCUUCACAAGUGACGAUCUCUACUCCACGAGUGAACAAUGAACAACCUCCAAUCCAGUCCUUCUGAUCCUGUUACUGACGG